AUGUCGGUGAUGCAGAAAACAAGUCAAGUACCACACAACAUCAUCAAUUCUGAAAUAAUGAGGGUUGUUGCUGUUGCCUUGAUCGCCAUCCUCGUUGCUGGCGCUUUCAUGAGUUCCGCCGGAGAAGAGACCGAAGGUCAAGUUGCUCAGGACGCAGGCCAAGUAGAACACCGCAUCAUCAACUUUGAAAUCAUGAAGAUCAUUGGUGUUGCCUUGAUCGCCCUUCUCGUUGCUGGAGCGUUUAUUACUUCCAGGGCACAAAGGGAAGAAAAGCAAGUGGCUCACGUUCGAGUUCGACGCGGUUUUGGCUGUCCCUUCGACGAAGACACCUGUCUGAAGCACUGCGAGAGCACUGGAGGAUACGGAGGUUUCUGCAGUGGACCUGUGAUGCAGUCGUGCGGAUGCUAUUACAUUGUACAUUGA